CAAAAUUUGAUAAUACUACUGCGAUUUCCGACGACCGAGGUCGGCCCCGUUCCUGUGCAAUUAUUAUUAAAUAGAUUCUUAAGUUUAUAUUUCAUUGUGAGAUAAAUUCAUGUACUCGUUUUUCUAAAUUUUUUCUAUUCAUAUAUUUAUAUAGUUUGACUGCAGGAUGAAAAUGAUCGGUAAGCUACCCGACUGUAACGUAAUGUAUUACAUUUGCACAUAAUACAUUAUAGUUUAAGUAUUUAGUCAACAAUACCUAUAUAUUAUUAUAAUAUGUGUUGAGUAAAAAAUUAAUUAAUUAAUUAUUUUGAACGAUAGUUUUUACAAUGGACAACAGUUGUAUACUGCUAAAGAAUUGUAACAUCGUGGACUGUUUCUCAUACCUUUUUUUUUUUUAUUGUCAAAUAUUUUUCAUGUAUAAAAUAGUUACAAUAUUUAAUAUUAUAUUAUUUUAAAGAAUAUUAGUUAAUAAUAUCUAAUUGUGCUAAUACUAAUACAAAAUUAAUUUAGGCCGCCCAAGUCAAAUCAUUUCAGCUACUAAAAGUAUAAACAGUCUUUUAAAAAAUCCUGCAAUCACACAAAUUUGUCUUAAAAAUGAAUCAACAAAAGUCCAACCGGUGUCCCAAGACACAAAUGUGGAAGGUUUGUUAACUAUUUCAUUUAUUUCAGUGUUGUUUAAAUAUUAAUGAAACUUUUUGUGACCUGUACAUUUAUUUCAUUUAUCAUAUUGACAGAAAAACCAUAUCGCCCAUAUUCACCUUUUCAAAAAACAAAUAACAUGGCCGAAUAUGCUGUUGCUCGUUUAGAUGAUGUUUUGAACUGGGGCCGUAAGGUAAUGAAUGCUUAUUUUUCUAGCUACUUGAAUUGUACAUUUAUUUAAUCAUUUGUUCUUUAGCACUCAUUAUGGCCGUUAACCUUCGGGUUAGCUUGUUGCGCUGUGGAAAUGAUGCACAUUGCUGCGCCUCGAUAUGAUAUGGAUCGAUAUGGUGUUGUUUUUCGUGCGUCUCCUCGUCAAGUUGAUCUUAUUAUAGUUGCAGGGACAUUAACAAAUAAAAUGGCACCAGCCCUAAGAAGAGUUUACGAUCAAGUAGGGUUGAUGUUAAUAAUGUACUAUUUUUAUUAUUUCACUGUUUCCCUUUAAACUUACAUAGAUGCCUGAUCCUAAAUGGGUCAUUUCAAUGGGAAGCUGUGCUAAUGGCGGUGGAUACUAUCACUAUUCAUAUUCUGUUGUAAGAGGAUGCGAUAGAAUUAUCCCUGUUGAUAUUUAUGUACCAGGUAAUAUAAUGUUUGUUCAUUGAUUGUAUAUUGACUAUUGUGUGUUAAAUUUUAAAUAUAUAUAGUAUAAGUAUGGAUAGAGUAUAAGUAUAGAGCAUGGAUUUAUAUCCAAUAAAAAGUAUUAAAAUGCUAUAUGAUAUCUAGUAAAAAUGUUAAAAAUAUGUAAUAUAAAAAAACAUCCUAGAAUAAUGGGGACGGGUGCAGCCACUGUUAUAGAUAAUUUAAUGUAUAUCUGUAAGCAAUAAUAAAGUAUUUCUUACAAAAAACAAUUCUGAGCAGAGCUCCAUUGAUAGUGAUGCUUUGUCAACAAUAUAUAUUUCAUUUUAUAGUAAAAUAAUUAAAUAGGCUUUAUAUAUUUUCUAUAUAAUAUAAUAUAAUAAUAUUUGUUUCAUGUUGUACCGGUAUUCCCAUGUUUUAUCCUGAUUUUUCAAAUUUGAUGAGAAAACUCUUGAGAAAAUCGAAAAAUUAUCCCUUUAAAGUACCUCGCUACUGAAAUAUCUUUUUAGAAACAUUGCUAUCUUUAAAAAUUGGAGCAAAAGUGCUGGUAAAAUAGUUGUGCACAGAAAAAAAAAGGCCGUUAUAUAUUUUAACUUAUACCUACAUUUAUUGUAUUUUCCCGUUUUUUUUUUUCAAAUUUGAUGAGAAAAUCGAAAAACUACCUCCUAAAGUACCUUCUCACGCCGAUUUUCUUUCAGAAAAGGUACUACACUUUUUGCUAUGCACAUUUAUUCAAAAUAUUACAAAUAUUUAAAUUAAUUUAAAAUUAUUAUGUAUCAUAAACAUAUUAAAAAAAACAAAAGAUAGAUUGUGACACUUAUAUACUUUUGACAUUUUUUUAAAUACUUACUUAGCUCUUCCAAUUCUGUAUUCUAUUUCUAAUGACAUUUUCUAAACUUAUUUUCAAUCUUUAUUUAUUUUUUACAUGUUCUACUCUAAUUUUUAAUCAUUAAAUGUCUUACGAUAAAAUGAUUCUUAAUUAAUUUAUAUUGUUGUAUACAACAUUAUUAAUUUAAAAUUUGGUUUUAAAUGAAAAUGUUGAGGUUUUAGUCACAUCUUAUCAAAAUAUUGAUUGUUUAUCAGAUAUAUUUUCAUUUUUUGUUACUUAAGUAUUUAAUGAAAUAACAACCUAUUAGAAAGAUAAAAAAAUCAAUGAUCGUUGAUUAUACAUAAUAUAAUGUACUAUCUAUAUUAUGCAUUGUAUAAUCAAUGGUAAUAAUAUAUACUAACUACUAAUAGUUCUUUAUGUAUUUAUUAUUCUUGAUUUAAACUUCAAUAUUGUGAUAUUAAUACAUGAUUGGUCUUUAGGUUGUCCACCUACCGCAGAAGCAUUGAUGUAUGGUAUACUACAGUUGCAGAAAAAAAUUAAAAGAAUGACACUUGCCCAAAGCUGGUACAGAAAGUAAAUUGUAGUUUAUAAUAACAUUUUUGUUUUGUGUAUUACCUGUUUACAUUUUGUAAAAAGUUACUAGUCAUAACAUAUUAUAAUUAUGUUAUGGUGGUAUAGAUACUAUAGUUAUAGCUGCAAAAUAUAACAUCAAUUUGCAUUGUUCAUCUUCAUGUUAUUACAAUUUUUUGUUCAUGUGUAUAAUCCUAUGAUACACUGAGCUUUAAUUAAAAUUUUAAGUUACGCUUAAUGUAUAAUUACUCAUAGUUUGAUAUCACUAUAACCUAUAUUAUACAGAGUGGUCAAUCUUUUGUAAGACACUCAUUAUUUUAGAAAGUAUUACAUUUUUUGAGAAUAUUUUUAUAGAACAUUUAAGAAACAAGUAGCUCUACAAUUUCAUAUUCAUAUAAUUUUUUGUCACUCUUAUUUUUGGGGUAAAACCAUUACCUAAUUUUGAUUUUCAAAUCGCAACCUAAAUAAAAAAUCCCAUCAAUAGAUAAUACUCCAUUAGUUAAAAUAAAUUUUAGUGUUGACAUUUUUGAUUUCUGUCAAUCAGUUGGCGAGAUAUUCUACUAAUCCACUAAAUAAGUUUGGGUCGUGGAAGAUUAGUGGCGUAUUAUUAAAAUAUGCUCCAUCAAAUUGACAGAAAUCAAAAAUCUCAACACUAAACUAUAUUUGAACUUUUCAAGCACCUUAUAAAAAAUGUAUAGAAUACUCUAUGAGUUUACUUUACUUUAUAAGUUAUAAUAGUAUUUAAACAGAUCUAUGAUACCUAUUUUAAAAUUAACUGUCAAUAAUUGUUGAUGAGGUAGAGGACGAAGCAAAACAAGUGAAUGGAAGAAAUUAAUUGCAAGAAACCCCCAGAUUUAUUAUGCAAAACCAUGUUUCAUUUUCACUUGCAUUGGCCUGCACUAGUUAGAUUUUAGCUCAUCAAAUCUGGUUACAACACCCCCCUCCCCCCACUGGCUACGCCACUGAAGAGGAAAGUUACUUUUAGCUAAUUUUAAUUUUGAAAUUCUUUUGAUAAAAUUCAAGGCGUGAGAACCUAUUUCACUGGGUGGGAGGAGUGAAUUAAUUUCAAAAAAGGUAUUCGUGUAGUUACCUACGUUAAUCUCAGUACGAAAAUUAUUUACUGUCUAAAAGACUAAAAACUGAUGUAUCUAUAUUCCAUAAUGAUUGUUCAGAUACAGUUAUUACGUUAUGUACAGUCAUGUUUGCCGUAUUUGACCGUGAUGUGCAAUCGCAUAGCCAAUAAACAAAGCUUUAUAGUAUAUGAUACAGUAUAACGCGUACAUCGUUAUAUAUAAUAGUGUAAAAAUAUUUAAUUAAAAAAAAUGCGAAACAAUAGUAAUCGUAGCGGAAGCGGUAAAAAAUUUAGUUAACGUUUUUU